AAUCCCAGUUAAUUCGCCUAUUUAAGAGCAAGUUACGACUCGCAAAGCCGUGUCUUCUUCUCCAUACCUUGCCUUUCUCGCCAGUGCCGGAGAUUUUUUUGCCUCUUGCCAUCGGCUCUGGCCUCCGAGCUCGAAAAAAGAAUACUUUGGUGGAGUGGAACCGAGAAACCUAGUGAGGGGUCAAGGAGUCGGGGAGAUGGCGGAGGAAUUACCCGACGGUGUUGGUGCGGGAAACCCGGGCGUAGAAGGCGGCGGCGGCGAACCAGGGCAGCCAGCUACGGCAAGAACUCUCAAGGGGAAAUCCUGCAAGGGAUGUCUGUACUAUUCUUCGCUCCUCAAAUCUGGCUCACGUAAUCCCGUCUGCGUUGGGAUUAGCCGGACUCUUCCAACAGAUAUUUCAAUCUAUAACGGGCUGAAAUACGAACCUCGAACAAGACUACCUCAAAGCCCGAAAAAGAUAUCACCUUUAUUCAUUAUGGGGGAGUCUGAAAUGAAAGCUACACAAGAUGGGCACGAUCUGUCAGAUUUCAAGUAUGCCUGCAUUGGUUAUUCCAUUUUCGUGGAUAACAAUGAUAAGCAAGAGCACCGAGCACAGUUGCCAUUUUGUGCUGGCAUUGAGCUAUUAGUGGAGAAAAGAGUGUCAACCUCUGAUCAUGUUGCUGCACCAGUUCAAAAGGAAGAUGCUACCGCCCGAUUCCCAUUACAACCACACCAACCAGGUCAAUCUUCGGCAGAACUUCUCAGCAGGUUUAGAAGGAAUGCUGGAGUGGUAGCUUCAGGUGUGGCUAAGAACCUGAACAAAGUGGGAAAUUACAUAAAGGAUAAUAUUGAUGAUAUAUUUUACCCUUUCCGCAAGCCACCCAAGUAGCAAAGCCACAAGUCCAACAUCGAGCAAGAGACCAAAGAGAGCAAGCCACCCAAGUAGCAAAGCCACAAGUCCAACGUCGAGCAAGAGAUCAAAGAGGGCAAGCCACCACCCAAGUAGCAAAGCCACAAGUCCAACGUCGAGCAAGAGAUCAAAGAGGGCAAGUAGCAAAGCCACAAGUCGAACAUCGAGCAAGAGAUAAAAAGAGGACUGCAGCACAUUACUGUGUGAAUAUUGCUAGUUUAAAAUUACAACCUUAGAUUUGUCCAAAUGCUAAGAACAAUUGUAGCUCGAGUACUCGAAUCGUCAUUUGCCUUCAAAAUUUUAUUAUUUGUAGUCAGUAACUAUCCAAAACACGAAGAGAUUUAUCGGUGAUUCUAUUCUGCUUGACGAAGGGAUCACUUUCGUCGAAUGUACUUAACAUCAAGGAUUUUAACAUAUGUUGAUUGGUAUUUGUUAUUCUAAUUAUCAAAUAUUUUUUAUAUUUUUAUUAUA